GAUCCCGUCGUGCACAUUCAAUACACCUAGACCUUCCUCCUCCGCUCACACACCCAUUCUCCCGCCAUUAUGGUCGCGACUUCAACUGACCAUCUAUCCGGGACCACCGUCAUCGUCCACCCUCUCGUCCUGCUGUCCGUUACCGACCACCACGCACGGUCUGUAUCACGCACAUCAAACAAGCGCGUUGUGGGCGUGCUGCUAGGGCAGGAUAAUGGCAAGACUGUCAAUGUCGCGAACUCCUUCGGUAUCCCUUUCGAGGAGGAUGAGAAGGACCCGAAGACAUGGUUCCUCGAUCACAACUACAUCGAGGGCAUGUAUGACAUGUUCAAGAAGGUCAACGCCCGCGAACGCAUGAUUGGCUGGUAUCACUCUGGCCCUAAGCUACGCGCGUCCGACAUGGAGAUCAACGAGCUGUUCAAGCGCUUCAUCCCAAGACCAGUCAUGGUCAUCGUCGAUGUACGACCGAACACCGUCGGGAUCCCCACCGACGCCUACUUUGCGGUAGAGGAGAUCAAGGAUGACGGCACCGAGACGCGCAAGACCUUCUUCCACGUCCCCUCUGCCAUCGAGGCGGAAGAGGCAGAAGAAAUCGGCGUCGAGCACCUGCUCCGCGACAUCAAGGACUCCACUACUACCACCCUCGCCACCCGCGUCGAGGAGCAGCUCGCCUCGCUCCGCGGCCUCCAAGCACGGUUAACCGACAUACAGAAAUACCUCGUCGACAUCUCGACAGGCAAGAUGCCCCUCAACCACCAGAUCGUAUACCACCUGCAGGACGCGCUCAACUUGCUGCCGGAUCUUAGCGACCCGACAACGACGCAGAGCUUCGUGAGCAGCACGAACGACGAGUUGCUGGUGGUGUACCUCAGCAGCUUGUUGCGCGCUGUGAUCGCAUUGCAUGCGCUCGUCGAUAAUAAGGCGACGAUUGGGCGAGUGGAGUUGGAGGAGAGCGGGGCGGAGGAGAAGAAAGUGUUGAAGGGGGAUGCGAAGAAGGACAAGGAGGAGAAGGAGAAGGAGACGAAGGACGGGAAGGAGACGAAGGGCAGCAAGACCUCAUGAUCCUUGUAAGCUCAAUGGCAUUGUAUCAUUUGGAUGGCCCGUGCAGGGACCUUAUGCACGUCUGUCAUAGACCGCUAGUCACCUGUGAGUGGGGUGUGGAACAGGUAUGGAGAUUGCCCGACUUGCCCGAGGGGGGCAGUCUGAGG